AUGCCGGCCGAGUAUCUAAGGCUUCAACCUGGUGAUCAUGGAGAAGUGAAUUCUGGAGACGAGCAUUAUAUACCUGUUUCGGAGACCUUCCUGAAGCGAAUAUCUAGGUCGUAUUUUUCAACUACAACGGGAUCGCGAAAGUCCUGCGCCAUUUGGAGCGCAAUCACCAUCGUUGGCAUUCUUACUCUCAUCAUUGGAACCGCAGUGUAUAAUGGUUUUGGAUAUACGGACCUUAAUUUUCAAAUAGAGGGAGACAAGGGGGAAAACCUAUCCGCGGAAACCGUUGCCCUUUCUACGCCUACAACAUCAAAAGACGACGGCGCCGACCGUCCUCUAAUCCUGUACGCCUACCACGAGAGUCCCAAUGCCCGUCAAAAUGCAAUUUUCUUCAUACACCACGGCCUACACUCAGCCGCAGAUUUCAUAUUCAUCCUAAACGGCCACACAAAUCUCACAUUACUAAUACCUUCCGCCCCUAACAUUCGAAUAAUCCAACGGACAAAUACCUGUUAUGACCUCGGGGCCUAUGGCGAACUCGUCGGCAUGACCUUCAACUGUGAACCAAUAUAUGGUGUUCGUCAUCUACAAUCCAUGAUAUUUGCCACGGACCGUAUCGGAAUCAACACCCUUCUAUCAGUAAUGAGUACCUGUUUUCCGAACUGGCUUUCCGCAGUAUACGGUGAAUCCAAUAGUACUCGUGCAAUCAUCAACGCAGGUUAUACAGUCUCAGCGAUGAUGACUUCUUUUGCAAGUCAAGAAAACUAUGCAGAUGAAUGUAAACAUGGAGAUAUACUGUUGGAAGGUGCUUAUUUUGGCGAUAAUUUACAUCCUUAUGAAACUAUUUUCCAGAAGGCGAAUCGAGAUUUUGGGAAGGAUGUGCUUAGUAGGUUGACGGAGUGGACGGAUCUAGCGGGCUAUUCAAGCUAUGAAGUCUGCGGGAAGAAAAAAGAGGAGUUGAAGCCGCUGGGUGGAUGGGGUAGGUGGGAAGAAGCUAGGAGGACGGGAUACUCAUGA